AGUCCCUUUUCCUAUGCACCUUGAAUGCAGCAGUAGGCCGGCACAGGGGACAGGACAACAUGGCUGCUGCUGCGGGCCGAUACUACGGAGAAGGCGGCAGAGCAACGAAAAGACAGAAAACUGAGGACGGAGGAAUGACAACGGAGAACUACGAUGACCCUCAUAAACCGCUGCCCUCUCCGGUGGUGCACAUCCGGGGCCUGGUAGACGGCAUCAUGGAGGCAGACCUGGUGGAGGCCCUGCAGGAGUUUGGAGCUAUCAGUUAUGUGGUUAUGAUGCCUAAGAAGCGCCAGGCCCUGGUUGAGUAUGAGGACAUGAACGGCUCCUGUAAUGCUGUAAAUUACGCAGCAGAGAACCAGGUUUACAUCGCAGGACACCCAGCCUUCAUCAAUUACUCCACCAGCCAGAAGAUCUCCAGGCCGGGGGACUCCGACGACACCCGGAGCGUCAACAACGUGCUGUUGCUCACCAUCAUAAACCCCAUCUAUCCUAUCACCACGGACGUGCUCUACACCAUUUGUAACAACUGUGGUCCUGUACAGAGGAUCGUCAUCUUCAGAAAGAAUGGUGUUCAGGCCAUGGUGGAAUUUGAUUCAGUCCAGAGUGCACAGAGGGCCAAAGCCUCUCUGAAUGGAGCAGACAUCUAUUCUGGCUGCUGCACGCUUAAAAUUGAAUAUGCCAAGCCAGCGCGCCUUAAUGUCUUCAAGAAUGACCAGGACACGUGGGACUACACAAACCCAAACCUCAGUGGCCAAGAUGCUGAUGGGGAAGGCAAUUGGAACAAUUCACAAGAUCCAAACGCCAAUCCUAACAAACGCCAAAGGCAGCCGGCUCUCCUGGGAGACCAUCCACCGGAUUAUGGUGGUCCUCAGGGAGGUUAUCAUGGCUACAAUGAAGACAACUACGGUCCUCCGCCCCCCCACCGCAUGGGGCAAAAUAUGGGUGGCCGUGGUCGAGGUAGCCAGCGUUAUGGCCCUGGGUAUGGACCCCCACCCCCGGAUUACGGUCCUCAUGCUGACUCACCGGUUCUUAUGGUUUACGGCCUCGAGCCCGCUAAGAUCAACGCUGACAAGGUCUUCAACAUCUUCUGCCUGUAUGGAAACGUCGAGCGGAUAAAGUUCAUGAAGAGUAAGCCUGGAGCAGCGAUGGUUGAAAUGGGAGACUGUUACUCUGUGGACAGAGCCAUCACUCACCUGAACAACAACUUCCUGUUCGGACAGAAACUCAAUGUUUGUGUGUCCAAGCAGCAGGCUAUAGUGCCCGGACAGUGCUACCAGUUAGAGGACAACACCAGCAGCUUCAAAGAUUUCCAUGGAUCUCGAAACAACCGUUUCACCUCUCCAGAGCAGGCCGCCAAGAACAGAAUCCAGCAUCCCAGUAACGUCCUUCACUUCUUCAACGCGCAGCCCGACAUCUCUGUGGAGAUCUUCAACCAGGUCUGUGAUGAACUGGAAAUUAAGAACCCUGCAAGUGUGAAGCUUUUCACUGGAAAGAGUGAGCGGAGUUCGUCUGGUCUCCUGGAGUGGGAAUCAAUCAAUGAUGCUAUGGAAGCUCUCGCUUUGAUGAACCAUUACCAGAUGAAAAACCCCAGUGGGCCUUACCCAUACACACUGAAGCUGUGUUUCUCGACUACACAUCAUGCCAACUAAACACUCCCCUCAAACUCUUUGUAACAUUUUGUGUCUUUGCAUAGAGUAUACUGUCGUUCUGUUGUCACGUCUCUGAAACAUUCGAUCAGUAUUGACAAAAACUAGCCUUGAUGUUAAGAAGGCGUUACUCAAACAUUGAAUUUGUAUGAUUUAUUUUAGCUUUACCAUGUUUUCAACUAGAUUUUUUGUAUUUUAUUUUGUGUGUUCACAACACUAGAUUUAAACAUUUCAAUGUUGACCUCAGUCUUUUGUUUCUUUAAUCUAGUGAACAGUAACUAUGAUGUCACUACUGUUGAAAGCAGGCUUCACAUCUUCAGAGAUAUUUAGUUUUCUUCCUCCUGAUGAGAACACAUUCAUGUCUUUUCAUUGAGAAAUAAACUAUGUUUAUUGUCAAGUU